AUGGAAAGAGGUUGGCUCCAUGAGCAUGGAUUCUACCUUUUCCUCAUUCACCUGUUGCUUCAGGAUGCACAUCUUCAACUGAUGACAUCUUUCCUGUGGCUGAACAUGAUCUGGUACAAUCCAUUCAUCACGUGGAACCCAGAGGAAUGUGGGGGCAUCAGGAAGAUCAGUAUAGCGGCUGAGAAUCUUUGGCUUCCGGAUAUCUUCAUUGAGGAGUUCAUGAAUAUGGAUCAGACAGCUACAGGUCUCAUGGCUAUGUCAACAGUGAAGGUCUCAUCAAAUACGAUAAGCCAAUGCAGGUGGUCAGCAUCUGUAACCUGGACAUCUUCUAUUUCCCCUUUGAUGAACAGAACUGCACACUCACCUUCAGCUCAUUCAUCUACACAGGUAACUUGGGCAUGGAGAAGAAAGUGCAAGAGAUUUCGAAUACUUCACAGGACCUCAUGGAGCAAAGGGGAGUGGGUACUUCUGGGUAUCCACCAGAGAAUGAUGAAGAUGACUGUGGGCACCAACCAGUAUGACCAAAUUAUUUUCUAUGUGGCCAUCAGGCGCAGGCCCAGACUCUAUGUUAUAAACCUUCUGGUGCCCAGUGGCUUUCUGGUUGCCAUUGACGCCCUCAGCUUCUACCUGCCAAUAGAAAGUGAGAAUCGUGCCCCAUUCAAGAUGACGCUUCUGCUGGGCUACAACGUCUUCCUGCUCAUGAUGAAUGACUUACUCCCUGCAACUGGCACCCCCCUCAUCAGUAUGGUUGCUCCCUCCAUCAAGAAAAUGAAAGCAAAGUGGGUGUGGGGUGUCUACUUUGCCCUGUGUCUGUCCCUGAUGGUGGCCAGCCUACUGGAGACCAUCUUCAUCACCCACCUGUUGCACCUGGCCACCACCCAGCCCCCACCUAUGCCUCAGUGGCUCCAUUCUCUCCUCCUCUACUGCACUAGCCCAACAAAAUGCUGCCCCACAGCACCCCAGAAGGGAAACAAGGGCCUGGGCCUCAACCCCACCCAUCUGUCUGGUGUGAAGGAGCCCGUGGAGUUGGUGGGAAAGGUGCCAGGUCCCAGAGAGGCAGAGUUAAAUGGGUGUCCUGGGUCACCAAUGACCCAUCAGGAAGAUGAGACCCAGAAGCAGCACUUGGUCGACCUGUGGGUGCAGUUCAGCCACAUGAUGGACACCCUGCUCUUCCGCCUCUACCUGCUCUUCAUGGCCACCUCCAUCAUUACAGUCAUUGUCCUCUGGAACACCUAGGCAAAUGCCCACCAAGCUCUAAUCUUGCCUCUGGAAAUCAUCCAAGCUCCCUUGUACAUUCAAAUCCCAGCCUCACAGCCCUGUAAACCACCUUGCUUUCUGCUCAAUCCUUCUGUGCAGUUUCAGACUAGACCUGGAUAAUUGCCUAUGCUUCCCAGGGUUAGGUCCUUGCUCCUGCACUCCAUCAGCUCCCAUCAGCCUUCCCAUAAGUGAUGCUUGCCUGGCUCCUCAAGCUCCUGGAAUACUUUCUUGAUUUGAAU